AUGAAGAUCCUAUGCGUUGCAGAGAAACCUUCCAUAGCAAAGAGUGUAGCUUAUACUCUCGGUGGAGGUAAAGUCACUGUGCGGAAUAGCAGUGUCAAAUAUGUUAAGAAUUACGACUUUACAUUUGAAUUUCCUGGAGUGGGAAGAUGUUCGGUUACGAUGACUUCAGUGCUGGGUCAUUUGACGGAAAUGACAAUAGAUAACAACAGAUAUGGAUGGGGUAAAUGUUUACCAAUAAAUCUAUUUGACAGCACAAUCAUAGUUAAAGAAAAUGGCAACGAUUCAAAGAAAUUGGUGCAAAAUAUAGCCAACGAAGCACGAUUAAGUAAUCAAUUGAUGAUAUGGACAGAUUGUGAUAGAGAAGGUGAACACAUUGGAUGGGAAAUCCUCAACGCCGCUUCGAAAACAAAUUCUUCUUUGACAUUGGAAAAUGUCUGGAGAGCCCAGUUUUCCCACCUUGAGAGAAGCCAUAUCAUCUCUGCAGCCAAAAACCCCAAGCAAUUGGAUCGAUAUGCUAUCGACGCUGUGUGCACUAGAAUGGAAUUGGAUCUACGGGCUGGUUUCAGUUUUACCAGAUUUCUCACAGAUCUUUUUAAGACUAAUUUUCAAGAGAUCAAGGAGGAGCGUCGUCUUAUCUCUUACGGUGGCUGUCAGUUUCCCACUCUUGGAUUUGUCGUUGAUCGAUAUAUGAGAGUGAAGGAAUUUGUUCCGGAGGAGUUUUGGUAUAUUUCAAUUGAAGUGAAAAAGGGUAACAGAAAGCUUCCUAUGUCAUGGUCACGUCCCCACUUGUUUGACAGAUUAGCUGCCAUGCUCUUGUAUGAAAACUCUUUGGACAUAGCCAAAGAUGAAGCUGAAAUUGUGCAUAUUAUCAGCAAGCCUACAUCUAAUUUCAAACCUCUGCCUUUAACUACAGUUCAGUUACAAAAAGACUGUUCCAAGUUUUUCAAAUUGUCUGCUAAAGAGACUCUUGAUGCCGCUGAAAAGCUAUACAACCAAGGAUUCAUAAGUUAUCCAAGGACUGAGACCGAUAGAUUUGAUCCUAAAACUGAUUUAAAAAACUUGUUAAGCAAACAAGCGGAAUCUCCUCAAUGGGGUGGCUAUGUUCAAGAAUUGUUAGACGGGAAGAUGCGUUCCCCCAGAGCUGGCAAACAUGAUGAUAAAGCACAUCCCCCAAUUCAUCCUAUUUGUUAUACUGAUUUCACUAAGCUCAAGUCCAGAAAUGAACAGCUCGUAUACCAAUAUGUGACAAAAAGAUUCAUAGCAUGCUGUUCUGAUGAUGCCAAGGGUGUUAAAAGUAUAGUCACCGCCAAAUGGGGACUGGAAACGUUUACGGCUUCCGGGCUAAUGGUUCUGGAGAAAAAUUAUUUGGAUAUCUACGAUUACUUUAAAUGGACCAGUACCAAAGAGUUACCAGAAUUCACUCUUGGUGAAAAAGUCAAACUACUAAAAGCAGAUUUGGUUACAGGAAAAACAUCACCACCUUCGUAUAUGUCAGAAUCUGAACUUAUUGCAUUAAUGGACAUAAACGGGAUAGGGACAGACGCAACAAUUGCAGAACACAUUGAAAAAAUUUUGGCCAGGGAAUACGCUUCUAAGCAAAGUUUGGGCGAGUCAAGAUCUAAGAAGGCUUAUAUUCUUCCUACAGAAUUAGGCUGCGCUUUAGUUGAAGGAUUCAACCAAAUAGGAUUUGACAAUCUCUCUUUAUCUAAACCAUUUCUCAGGAAGCAGCUGGAAGAGUCUUUGGCGAAGAUCACAGCAAAACAAGAAACUAAGAACAAUGUCUUGGACAGAUUUAUUGAACUUUAUCGUCAGGCGUUCAUGCUAAGUAACCAGAAGCAGGCAAUUUUGGUUAAAAGUUACAGACACAUUCAGAGGAGAAAUGCUUGA